AUGUAUUCUCCACCACCACCACCACCACUCACUGGCCGAACCGUCUUAAAAGCGAAUGCACCAAUUCUGGCGUUAUGCGCUCUAUUUUUUGUGUUUUUCCUCAUCGCAGGAACAGUUGUUCUUGCAUUAAUUCCGGUUUAUCUCUCAACGAAAGAUGUUCCUGAAGUUGGACGUUCGUCUACAUAUUACGCAACGAUGACUCCAGAUGUAUCAUUACCUGAAGGCACGUUGGAUGCGCAAUCCUUGAAAAAUAUCAAUACUGAACUCGAUAAAGCUUUGAAGGUACAAAGUGGAGCAGUUAACAUGAUCAGUGGUGUCGUUUCAGGAGGAGAUAAAAAACGUAAACGACGAGGAUUGCUUCUUGACAGAAACCGUCGCGGUGCAGUUCGAGUAUAUUGUUCGUUCUAUUUCAAUAUCAAAAUCUGCCCCAGAUGUGGCACUAGAGGAUUUCGUCAAACAAUCACAAAAUUCACUUUUAAUGUUCAACUAUGGAUUAUUGAUUGGUUUGGAAUUAUCAGAGGCCCUUUCUAUGCUACAUUUACCGUUGUCAUUAGUUACACACAAAUCGCUAUUCCAUCAACUUCCACUUUUCCAAUGACAACUGUUCGACCCACGGGAGUGUUUUUUGGUUAA